CUUACCCUGGUGCCCCCUCCUCCUGUCUACCUUUUAUAUAUACUCGUAUUUUUCUGUACACUUUAGAACCCUAAAAUUAUCUGUAUCCGCUCGCUUGCUCGCUUCGUCGUAAAACCCUAUCUCUCUCAGUCGCUCUCCUUUUUUCUUCAUCAAAUGGAGUUCUGGGGUGCUGAGGUCAAAAGUGGACAGCCACUAGCUGUGGAGCUGGGCAUGGACAAGAUCUUGCACCUUUCUCAGGCCAAUAUCGGUGAGGUUAAGAAAGAGAAAGGCCCCGAAUCUAUUUGUUUGUACGUCACUGUUGAUGAUAAAAAAUAUGUUCUUGCUACACUCAACACUGAGAAGCUGCCACAGCAACAAUUUGACUUGUAUUUUGAGAGAGACAUUACAAUAUCACACAACUGGAAAAAUGGAAGUGUCUACUUUCAUGGAUAUGUGGGUUCAGAUGAAAUGAGUGAUGAUGAAGAUGAUACAGAUACCGAAGAACCUCUCCAAAUUGAAAACAAAGCAGCUAAUGGCAAACCCCUUGCCAAUGAAAAGAAUGCGAAACCUUCCUUUGUCGAAAAGGAAGAUGCUGCCAAGGGUUCUGCUGCAGGUAAGAAGAAGGUGAAAAUUUCGGAACCCAAGAAAGGAGUGGAGGAUGACAAAGAUGAUGAAAGCAGUGGGGAAGACAAUGAAAUGGAAGAUGAUGAUGAAGAUUCUGACUCAGGAGCUUCAAUUGAGGAUGAAAGUGAUUCUGAAGAAGAGGAUUCUGAAGAAGAGGAGGCAGAGGAAACACCGAAGAAGGUUGAAAGUGGCAAGAAAAGACAGCCUGAAUCUUCUGCAAAGAAAACACCCGUUCCUGCCAAAAAAGUCAAAUUGACUACUCCCCAGCAGAAAACUGAUGGGAAGAAGGGUAAUACACAUGUAGCUACACCACAUCCUUCAAAGAAAACUGAAAAGACACCUCUUGCUCAGAAGACUCCAAAAUCAGGAGGUUCUCAUCAAUGCAAAGAAUGCAAUAGGACUUUUGGCUCUGAAAGUGCUCUGGGUUCCCACUCACAAGCCAAGCAUAGUGCUGGAAAGUAAAUUUGACCCCAUGCAGAGACAGGAGUAUUUCUAGGCAGUCCAAGACUUCUUUGUUCCUGCGGAUAUAAUAUUUAUAAUAUUAAUAGAGAGAGGCAGUUUAGUAUGUUUUGGUUCCAGCAACUCUCUUUGUUAGUUCUAAUUUUGCUAUUUGAGGGGUAUUCAAACUUUUAUAUCAAGUUUUGUUUUGUUAUGAUGGGAGGUGAUCGAUCAAGUGAAUGACUAUUUAUUCCAAAGCAUUUUCGUCCUUGCUUUUACGUAAUCAGUAAUCUAUAAUUUAUUUUACAUACUGGC